UUACGAGAUGGCCCAAAAAUCAAGAUGAGUUACAAUGGCAACUCUUCAUACACGUCUGUCUACGAUGAACUUCGUCUAACUAGAAAACUUAGCGAUGCAGUCAUCACGGUUGACAAUGUGGAAUUUUAUAUCCAUAAGAUCAUCCUUUGCAAGUGCAGCCAGUACUUCAGAGCACUCUUUCUACGCUGGUCAACUCCGCACCAGAUGGUCUACGUCAUACAAGGUCUUACCCCGCACUUAAUGCAGCUCAUUGUGGAGUUUGCGUACGAGGGCUCUGUGUCAGUGACGGAGGACAACGUGAAGGAGUUGUUGUUGGCAGCUGACAGGUUCAACGUGACGGGCAUUGUCGAAACCUGCUGCACUUUUCUAACAGAGCAGCUCUGCCCAGAGAACUGCAUCGGCAUCUGGCAGUUCACAAAGAACUGUUACACCCCAGAGCUGGAGUUCAAGGCCUACCAAUACAUCCUAUACCACUUUGAGGAAGUUGCAACCUCGGAUGAGCUGCGGCAACUCUCUGUUCGGGACUUCUGUGACAUCCUUGACAGAGACGACCUGAUCGUGAAAAAGGAAAACACCGUUUUUGAGGCCAUCCUCUACUGGAUUGCACACGCUCCAGGAGAGCGUAGUGAAAACAUUGCAGUGCUCCUUGAGAAAGUGCGUUUAGCGCUGACAAGUGUGGAGUUCAUCGCCAUCAAAGUGUUGACCAAUCAGCUGGUGCAGAACAGCAGCAAAUGCCUGGACAUGGUUGCUUUUGCCACCCGAGUGAUGUGUCACAUGGCAACAAAUUCUGUGUGUGGAUACCGCAACCUCGUCGCCCGUCCUCGCCUACCUUCAGCCAUCCUGCUGGCGAUCGGUGGCUUCAGCGGACCCAAUCCAACACACCGCAUCGAAGCCUACGACGUGCACGCAAACUGUUGGGACUACCUUGUAGACAUUAUGGAGGAGCCCCAUGCUUACUUUGGUACCGCCUUUCUCAACAACUGCAUCUACUCCGUUGGUGGCUUUGAUGGCAGGAAGCAUUACAACACCGUAAGCCGCUUUGAUAUCAGGUCGCACACCUGGCACGAGGUGGCGCCCAUGCACUAUCGCCGCUGCUCUGUUAGCGUAACCGUGCUAGACGGUUGCAUCUAUGCAAUAGGGGGUGUUGAUGGACGUGUGAGGCUAAAGACUGCAGAGUACUACACACCUGAAACAAACCAGUGGACUCUGAUUGCCAGCAUGCACGAGCAGAGAAGUGACGCCAGCUGCACAGCCCUCAAUGACAAGGUUUACAUUUGUGGUGGAUUUAAUGGAAACGAGCCCUUACGAACCGCAGAGUAUUACAGCCCUGAGACCAAUGAGUGGACUAUGAUUGUUCCCAUGAACAGCUGCCGCAGUGGCAUUGGAGUCAUUGCUCACGCCAACCGCAUUUAUGCAGUUGGGGGCUUCGAUGGCGACGUACAUCUGUGCAGCGCUGAGGCCUACAACCCACAGACGGACGCGUGGAUUGUUUUGCCUUCUAUGCAAUGCCCCAGAAGCAACUUUGGUAUUGAAAUUGUCGAGGAUCGCGUCUUCGUUGCCGGGGGUUACACCGGGGUCUCUGCAACCAAACUUGUGGAGUACUUUGACGCUACAGUCGGUAUGUGGUUUCCAGCCUGCGACAUGGGGAUCUCUCGCGGUGCUUUGAGCUGCUGUGUGAUGUCAGGACUACCCAACAUAGCACAUUACGUGACGCUGCGCAGCCACCUACCUUUGCUCCACUUAGAGGAAGUUACGCUGGAAAUGGAGGACGAGUUCUUGAGCCUGGACUAAAGCCUUGCUCCCGCCUACUUCGCUGGAAAAAAAA